GCCAGACCAGAAACGGAAGAGAGCGCGGGGGAUGUGUUUGGCGUGGGGCGCACUGUUCAGUUGCUCUCCUGGAUGGCUUUAUGUCUCCGCGGUGUUUCCUAGAGUCUCGGCGUUUCUACCUCUUCGCACCCUUUCCUGCCACCCUUUGUCCCCUGGAAGCCCGGAGACAUCAGCGGCUGCAAUUUUGCUACUCGCUGCUCGGCGUGGAACUGUCAGGACAAAAAAUAAUAUCCAAAGAUAUUUUGGCACUAACGGCGCUAUCUGUAGCAAGAAAGUUGAGCAGUGUGAACUGUUGAGACUUCCAAGGAGACUUCAGACAACCAAGAAAGUGUAAAGGAAAACAGAGAAAAAGACUUGUUAGACAUUAUUAAGGGCACGAAAGUUGAAUUGAGCACAGUAAAUGUACAAACAACAAAGCCACCCAACAGAAGUUCACUUAAAAGCUACAACUGGCGGGCCUCAAAGAGCUUUAGGACAUGCUCCAAAGAAGAGAAAUGAGCCCCUGAGUCCUGAGUUGGUGGCAGCUGCAUCUGCUGCUGUGUUUUGACAAGCAAACAAGCCAGAACUGCUCAGGCAGCUCCGUAGCAUGAGGAAGAGUCAGGGGCACAGAGAGAUGGAGAGAGACCUAAUUAGGAAAAAUAUAUUCAAGGGGAAGAGAUGUAAUAGAUUUCACAUUAUGGCAGUUACUAAAGAAGCACGUGAACAGACACAUCACCUUCGCUUUGGGGUAUGGAAUUUGAUAAGCAGUUAGCCACAGAAUAUGAACAACCCCUUUAGAAUGAGAUUGAAGAACUGAUCCAGGGGACAAAAGAGGGGAAACUGAGAGUUCCCAAUUAAUAAUGAAGCAGAAUACAAGCGACGGUGGCAGAGGGAGGAAGUAACUCAUACUAGGAAGAACAAACAGCUGCUGGAAUAUGCUUGUGGUUUAGAGCUUCUUUUAAAAAUCCUGUCAGCUGCAAAGGAAAGGAAGGACUAAUAUUUUCCACGAGCUUCAUGUCUAAGAUCUCUGGUGGACUUUUUCUGCCCGUGGACGCCACUGAAGAAGCAUCGUUAAAGUCUCCCUUCACCCUGCUGUCAUGUCUAAGUCAGCGUCUCCAAAAGAGCCCGAACAGCUGAGGAAGCUCUUCAUUGGAGGGUUGAGCUUUGAAACAAUCGAUGAGAGCCUGAGGAGCCAUUUUGAGCAAUGGGGAAUGCUCACAGACUGUCUGGUAAUGAGAGAUCCAAACACCAAGUGCUCCAGGGGCUUUGGGUUUGUCACAUAUGCCACUGUGGAGGAGGUGGAUGCAGCUAUGAAUACAAGGCCACACAAGGUGGAUGGAAGAGUUGUGGAACCAAAGAGAGCUGUCUCCAGAGAAGAUUCUCAAAGACCAGGUGCCCACUUAACUGUGAAAAAGAUAUUUGUUGGUGGCAUUAAAGAAGACACUGAAGAACAUCACCUAAGAGAUUAUUUUGAACAGUAUGAAAAAAUUGAAGUAAUUGAAAUCAUGACUGACUGAGGCAGUGGCAAGAAAAGGGGCUUUGCCUUUGUAACCUUUGACGACCAUGACUCCGGUAAGAUUGUCAUUCAGAAAUACCAUACUGUGAAGGGCCACAACUGUGAAGUUAGAAAAGCCCUGUCAAAGCAAGAGAUGGCUAGUGCUUCAUCCAGCCAAAGAGGUCGAAGUGGUUCUGGAAACUUUGGUGGUGGUCGUGGAGAUGGUUUCGGUGGGAAUGACAACUUCGGUCGUGGAGGAAACUUCAGUGGUCGUGGUGGAUUUGGUGGCAGCUGUGGUGGUGGUGGAUAUGGUGGCAGUGGGGAUGGCUAUAAUGGAUUUGGUAAUGAUGGAAGCAAUUUUGGAGGUGGUGGAAGCUACAAUGAUUCUGGCAAUUACAACAAUCAGUCUUCAAAUUUUGGACCCAUGAAGGGAGGAAAUUUUGGAGGCAGAAGCUCUGGCCCCUGUGGCGGUGGAGGCCAAUACUUUGCAAAACCACAAAACCAAGGUGGCUAUGGUGGUUCCAGCAGCAGCAGUAGCUAUCAGUGGCAGAAGAUUUUAAUUAGGAAACAAAGCUUAGCAGGAGAGGAGAGCCAGAGAAGUGACAGGGAAGCUACAGGUUACAACAGAUUUGUGAACUCAGCCAAGCACAGUGGUGGCAGGGCCUAGCUGCUACAAAGAAGACAUGUUUUAGACAAAUACUCAUGUGUAUGGGCAAAAACUCGAGGACUGUAUUUGUGACUAAUUGUAUAACAGGUUAUUUUAGUUUCUGGUCUGUGGAAAGUGUAAAGCAUUCCAACAAAGGGUUUUAAUGUAGAUUUUUUUUUUCCACCCAUGCUGUUGAUUGCUAAAUGUAAUAGUCUGAUUGUGACGCUGAAUAAAUGUCUCUUAAAAAAAAAAAAAA